AUGAUAAAAUCUAAAGCUAAGGAUGAAACAUGGAAUUUGAGAUUACAUUUCUUACAAGCAGCCGUGAAGGAAACUCUUCGUUUGCAUCCACCUGCUCCAUUAUUGCUACCCCAUAAAUGUGAUAAAAUUGUGAAUAUAUUAGACUUCAAUGUGCCCAAAAAUGCAAAAGUGUUAGUCAAUGUAUGGGCCAUGGGAAGAGAAUCAACAAAUUGGGAAAAUCCAAAUAUGUUCAUACCUAAAGGAUUUUUGGAGUGUGACAAUAAUUUUAAGGGUAAUAGUUUUGAGCUUAUAACAUUUGGGGCAAGCAAAAGAAUUUUCCCAGGAUUGCCUUUGGCUCACAGGGCUAUGCAUUUAAUGGUGGAAUCCCUUGUACGCAACUUUGAAUGGAAAUUUGUUGAUGAGCUAAAGCCAGAGGUCGCAAUCGCAAAUGCGGUUGCAGCUGCAACGUAA